CCAUAAACGAAAUAAUAAUUAUAAUACUUUUUGAAGUUGAUAUUCGUCAAUUUACUAUAUUUUAUUAGUAUUUAUUAUAUUAUAUAUCCUAUGACUUCUUUUAGAAAAAUGCGUAUUAUGUUUCGAAAGAUCACAGUGAAACGUCUAUUUUACAUAACGUUAAUAUUAUUCCUGACAAGCUAUAUGCUAUCAAGUUUUUUUUCCGUGUUCAUCAAUUCGAUGGACUUCAUGUUUUCAUUUUAUCAAUAUCUACCUGAUGAUGUCAGUUGUUAUUUUGAUAAAAACGUCAAUGAUGAUUACAAUGGACCAUACUUGAAUAACUCAUUUCCUGAUGACGUGUUUUUGCAUUAUACAUCUUGCCACUUAAAUUUGAAACCUGCUUAUCUUUGUGCUAUAGAAGCGGCUUCAGUUGCUUAUCCUACAAAAAAGGUGAACGUUCUUUUCAAUAAACCUUUGUCGUUCUGCUCAUGUCAGCAAACUAUUAUUAGUCAAAUAAUACACCAUGGUAAUGUGGAAUUUGUUAAAAUACAAAUUGAAAAACAUUUAAAUGCCACUCCUUUUAAAGACGUCAUUGGACCUUUUGAAAACAGUGUGUUAAAUCGUGGUAUGAGAAGAUAUAAAAAAGUCGAAAAUAUGUUAAAGUUAGCGACGCUGUUCAAUUAUGGAGGAAGAAUCAUUGACAUGGAUGUGAUUGUCACUGAUCGAAUUCAUGACGGGAAUAAAUGGCUUGUUAUGGAACAUCAUGACUUGGUGAGCUCUGCUGUUAUGGCUUUUAGUCAGAACAAAGAUGAAAUAAUCAAGAGAAGUAUCGAAUCGCUACCAAUUUUACAAGAUCUGAAAGAUGAUGACUUAAACAUAUCUGAAGCUAUCACGCAUGCUCUUAGAAAACUAUGCUAUAACACAUCGAAUACAGUUCGCAACGUGCUUACUAUACAGAAAUGCAAGGAACUGCGACUUCUUAAUUUGAAAAUCCAUACUGUAAAGUAUUCAGACCCAGCAGAGUCCCCACCACAAGCUUACGCGUAUCGCGUUGUAGACGAACCAAACCUGUAUCAUAUUCCUAACAAUUCUCUGCUCGCUGAAAUUGCUAAAAAAUAUUGUCCCAUUGUUUAUAAUUUUACUUUGUACUCGCACUCAAAAAGUUGGAUAUAA